CAUUCCUUGCUUCUUCAGCCGCUGCGGUCGCUGCGCUCCGAGCUCGAGCCAGGAUGAGCGGCAGAGUUGGCGAUCUGAGCGCCAAGCAGAAGGAGUUGCUGGACAAGUUUCGGGAGAAUGUCCAGGACGUGCUGCCCACCCUGCCGAACCCAGAUGACUAUUUUCUCCUGCGCUGGCUCCGAGCAAGAAACUUCGACCUGCAGAAGUCCGAAGCCAUGCUGCGGAAGCAUGUGGAGUUCCGGAAGCAAAAGGACAUUGACAACAUCAUAAACUGGCAGCCUCCGGAGGUGAUCCAGCAGUAUCUGUCGGGCGGCAUGUGUGGCUACGACCUGGAAGGCAGCCCCAUCUGGUAUGACGUCAUCGGACCCCUGGAUACCAAGGGGCUGCUCUUAUCAGCUACCAAACAGGACUUGCUCAGGACCAAGAUGCGGGACUGCGAGCUGCUCCUGCAGGAGUGUGUCCGCCAGACGGGAAAGGUGGGGAAGAAGGUGGAGACCAUCACCCUGAUUUAUGACUGCGAGGGGCUUGGCCUCAAGCACCUCUGGAAGCCUGCUGUGGAGGCCUAUGGAGAGUUUCUCUGCAUGUUUGAGGAAAACUAUCCUGAAACACUGAAGCAUCUUUUUGUUAUUAAAGCUCCCAAGCUAUUUCCUGUGGCCUAUAACCUCGUCAAACCCUUCCUGAGUGAGGACACUCGGAAGAAGAUCAUGGUCCUGGGGGCAAACUGGAAGGAGGUUUUACUGAAAUAUAUCAGCCCUGACCAGAUACCUGUGGAGUAUGGGGGAACCAUGACUGACCCUGAUGGAAACCCCAAGUGCAAAUCCAAGAUCAACUACGGGGGUGACAUCCCCAAGAAGUAUUAUGUGCGAGACCAGGUGAAACAGCAGUAUGAGCACAACGUACAGAUUUCCCGUGGCUCCUCUCACCAAGUGGAGUAUGAGAUCCUCUUCCCUGGCUGUGUCCUCAGGUGGCAGUUUGCAUCAGACGGGGCGGACAUCGGCUUCGGGAUUUUCCUAAAGACUAAGAUGGGGGAGCGGCAGCGGGCAGGGGAGAUGACAGAGGUGCUACCCAACCAGAGGUACAAUGCCCACCUGGUCCCUGAGGAUGGGACCUUCACCUGCAACGACCCUGGCAUCUAUGUCCUGCGGUUUGAUAACACCUACAGCUUCAUUCAUGCCAAGAAGGUCAGUUUCACGGUGGAGGUCCUGCUUCCAGACAAAGCUUCAGAAGAGAAGAUGAAUCAGCUGGGGGCAGUCACCCCAAAGUAAUGCCUCCUCCCAGCAGGCCUGGC